AGUAGAAAAUCUAAAACCAUCAUUUCCUAUUGUUCUGGACAUCAAAGGAUUUUGUUUCCCUCUUCUCUGCAACUGUCAUGUGAUGGUUGCAGAACAAAAAGAAAACAAAAUAUUUAAAUAAAAUAAAAUAUAGAGAAAGGUGGAGCAGCGUGCAUGUACAAUUAGUGGCCAGAGUGGUGUAUGUGUAUCAGUAUCACUCUAUUUAUAUUUAUAUUUAAUUAUUUACAUAAAAAAAACUGUUCUUCCUCUGAAGAAGAAGAAGCACUUCAAUGGCCAGUCCCAGCCACGUGGCGUUCCGUCUGCUCUGCCACGCGUCCCGCGUGGGGGCCAUCAUCGGGAAGUCCGGCGUCCUCAUCAAGACGCUGCAGGAGGCCACCGGUGCCAGGAUCCGAAUUGUCGACGCGCCGCCGGACUCCCCCGACCGUGUCAUCCUCGUCACCGCCCCUGCCGCCGCCAACCACGCCGAGCUCUCCAGGGCGCAGGAGGCGCUGCUCAAGGUCUUCGACCGCGUCAUCGACGUCGCUGCUGAGACCACCGGCACUGAGGUUGGCGACCGCGUUGUCUCUUGCCGGCUGCUCGCUGACACUUCGCAGGUCGGCGCCGUCAUCGGCAAGGGUGGGAAGGUUGUGGAGAAGAUCAGGAUGGACACCGGAUGUAAGAUUAGGGUUUUGAACGAUGCUCUGCCGGCCUGCACUGCUCCCUCCGAUGAAAUCAUUGAGAUCGAAGGCCAGCUGACAUCUGUAAAGAAGGCCCUUGUUGCUGUCUCCCAUCGGCUUCAAGAUUGUCCUCCACCUGAUAGAACAAAGAUGAUGGGAAGCAGACAUCAUGAAGUGGUUCAACGUGAAACAUUUUCAGUUCCACUUGAGUCUUUAACUAAUCUGCAUAUAGAUCAUCAUCAGCAAAGGAGCUCUGCAUUAUCUAAUAGGUCUAAUGGCGAUGCCUAUGGAGCUCCUAAAUUAUCAGCUGAAGUUGAUAGAGUUUCAACCCCAGAUCCAAAAGCAUUUCAGCAGGAAGUGACCUUUAAAAUUCUUUGUUCCAAUGAUAGGGUUGGUGCCAUAAUUGGAAAGGGGGGCAGUAUUGUAAAAGCUCUUCAGAAUGAAUCAGGGGCUACUAUAAGUUUUGGUCCUUCAGUAGAUGCGUGCGAGGAUCGACUAGUUACUAUUACUGCUUCAGAGAAUCCUGAAUUAAGAUAUUCCCCAGCACAGAAGGCUGUUGAUCUUGUUUUCUCCAAGUCAGUUGAGGCUGCUGUUGAGAAGGGGCUAGAUGGGUCAAAAAAGGAGACACAUGUUACUGCACGACUUGUAGUCUCAUCAAACCAUGUGGGUUGUUUGUUAGGGAAAGGAGGGGCAAUAGUCUCAGAAAUGCGGAGAGUCACAGGGGCUAGCAUAAGAAUAAUUGGGAAUGAUCAGGUUCCAAAGUGUGUAUCAGAUAAUGAUCAAAUGGUACAGAUAUCCGGACAGUUUUUAAAUGUUCAAGGUGCAUUACAUAAUGCAACUGGUAGACUGCGAGAUCAUCUUUUUAUUAGUACACAAAACAGUGGUGGAACAAGGAGCCUUUCAUCCGUACUAGCUGAUACCAGUUCCCCUGGAAGACUGAGGGACCCCCUUCCCGUUGGCGGCCAACCAAUUGUUGCUGUUUCUCACAAUCUCAACCGACAUUCUUUGCCAGGAUUACGGGCACCACAGACAGUGGCUGGGAUAAAUUCCAGAGGCUUCAAUGACGUUGCCAGGGGAUUGACUUCUCGAAAAGGUGGCUCAGAACUUGUCAGUGGAAUUAAAACCGCCAUUGUUACUAACACAACUGUGCAAAUUGUGGUUCCUGAUAAAGUUAUUGGCUCUGUAUAUGGGGAAAAUGGUAGCAAUCUGGCUCGCUUGAGACAGAUAUCAGGGGCCAAGGUUAUUGUACAUGAACCUCGUCUUGGAACAAGUGACAGGACGAUUGUCAUAUCCGGCACCCCUGACGAAACUCGAGCAGCGCAAAGCCUUCUGCAAGCGUUUAUUCUCACUGGUUCAUCAUGACAAUAUCCAACUCACUGAUGAUGAUGGCCCAUUAAUUUUCAAGUAGUUUUCCCAUUUUUUAAAUCGUUUUUCAUCCUACCCAAAAUCAUGUACAUUAUAGAGUAAUCUUGGCGUCUACUGUCACUAUGAUGUGUCAUUGUCACUCUUAUUUAAUUGAAUUUCAUAAAACUAACAAAAUAGAUUAUUUUAGAUCAAAGUUAUUUAAAUGUGGGUGACAAUAGACAUACAAGAGUCGCGAUAGACAUUUUCCCAUAGGUUGUUCACUGAACGUCAUUGUACUGAUUUAACAAUAAUCAUUUGAUUUUUUUGGGUAUACUCGAGUAAUAGCAAGUUCAAUUCUACAGUUAUA